AUCGAAACCAUCUCUCCAACUCCUCUCUACACAGCACCAUGUUCGACCUUCCUUACCACUGCAAGGCUAUUCUUGCUGCCAAGUCGGAGACUGGCAAGACAUUCGACGACAUUGCCAAAAGUAUCGGCAAGCCUGAAGUCUGGACAACCGCCCUGUUUUACGGCCAGGCUACUACCAACGAGGAGACGGCCAAUGCUAUCCUCAAUGCUCUAGGUGGACAGGGGCUGUUUGACCAGCUGUCGGAUCAUCGAACGGCCAGUGGGGACGAGCAGAUCAUAUAUGAAAAGGUUCUGAAAGGCCUAUCCGGAAAGGGCGAAGAAAACUAUGGAGUACCGGGGCUCAUCCAGCGAGGUGCUACGAUCGACCUCCCUCCCAAGGACCCUGUGCUCUACAGGCUGUAUGAGGCUUUGAUUGUCUACGGUUUCUCGUACAAGGCCUUGAUCCAGGAGAAGGUGAAUUCGUUCCUACAGAGUCUAUCUCAGCAUACUCAAGAUGUGUUUGCAUUAGUUCGGCGAUGGCAUCAUGUCUGCUAUCGACUUCCGUACCUCGUUGGAGCGCAAAAAGGAUCCCAAGGGCGACCGCGUUGUCAUCACAUUGGACGGAAAGGUGAGCGUUCUUGAACGGCGGUCAAACACCCAUUGACGCCAAGCAGUUCCUUCCAUACUCGGACCCCUCUGCUUGGGAUGGCGCUCACUAGGAAGAAGGAUUCGAAAGCCAGCAUGCAAAGAAGUCACAAGU